AUGUCUCAAACGGUGGUCAGGUUGUUCUUGCUCUGGUCGCUUUUGUUCGGUCGAUUUCAUGCUGAUGACGUGUUCAAAAAGAAGGAUGUGAAGUAUAGAGGCUACUACAACACCGCCCACAUUCCUGACACCACCUGCGAGAAGGAUAAUCCUGGUAAAACGUGCGUACCUAUCACGGUGGAUGCUUUCGACCGGUAUUUUGUGGAUUUUGCGACCAUUUCUACGACCGAUCAGUGGUGUUACGUACAGGGAUACAGUAAGGCAUUUUGUUGGCUUAGAAUGUUGAGGUAGGGCUUCUUGAUGCAAAAAGAAUGGCGCAAUUGAGUUUUAAUGCAAAAAGAAUUUCGCGAAUGAAUAUUGAUGCGAAAAGAAUGGCGUGGUUGCUUUUUGAUGCCAAAAGAAUGGCGCGGUUGAGUGUUGAUGCAAAAAGAAUGGCGCGGUUGAGUUUUGAUGCAAAAAGAACGGCGCGUUUGAUUCUUGAUGCAAAAAGAAUGGCAUGUUUUAUUUUUGAUGCAAAAAGAAUGGCACGGGCAAAUUUUGGUUUAAAAAAUGGCGUAACUGACCUUUGAUGCGAAAAGAAUGGCGUAGCUGACUUUUGAUGCAAAAAGAAUGGCGUGAUAAACUUUUGAUGCAAAAAAAAUGCCGUAGCCGAGUUUUGAUGCAAAAAGAAUGGCGCAGUCGAUUAUUGAUGCAAAAAGAAUGGCGUGCUUCAUUUUCUGGUCUAAAACUGACUCAGACUGGUACUCUUUGUGCUAUUUAGCUAUAGUACUCCACUAAUGUCUUUAAUAUAUUGUUUUAGAUAUAAAGCUCAGCUCCAAAAGCCUGGUUUUCGGUGCCUGUGGCCGACGUAAGUUUUUAAACCUUUAAAUACCUCUGCCCAUAGUAUUAGUAUAUGUAUACCUAUGUUCUAACCCUGCUUGAUACGAAACCCGCUUCAGACACAAAGAUAGGCAAUUACGAUCAGCAGUUGUGGUACCCGCUGACCGAAGAGGAAAACCCGGCGGCCAUCAGCCAUGGAGGAGGCUGGUUCAAAUUUCUGGACGCGGCCGCUGACAGUCAAACCGAAAAGCAUCACUUCGUAAGCGUUUGUUUUAGGGUAGGGUAAUGGAAGAGGGGGGGGUUAGGUAAAGCAGGCUCGGUAAGUUAAGGGGUGGGGGAGGGGGGAGGUUAAGGGAGUUUAGGUUGGGCAAGGCAAGGUAGGGCACAGUGGUUAGAGUAGAAGUAUAGGAGUAAGGGCAGAGUUGUUAGGUUAGAAGUAGGGAUUAGGACAGGGCAGGGUAGGGCGGGUAUGAGGGCAAGACAAGGCGGCGAAGAGUAACUCAGGACAAGACAGGCAGAGCAGGGCUAGUAUUUUAGGGUAAGGCAAGGCAAGGCAGAGCUGUGUGGGUAUGUAGGGUAGAGUAGAGUAGGGUAGGGUAGGGUAGGGUAGGUAAGGUAGGGUAGGGUAGGGUAGGGUAGGGUAGGGUAGGGUAGGGUAGGGUAGGGUAGGGUAGGGUAGGGUAGGGUAGGGUAGGGUAGGGUAGGGUAGGGUAGGGUAAAGUAGGGUAGGGUAGGGUAGGUAGGCAGGACAAACUCUACUAUACAUAUGAUAGUAAACUCGACUAUAUCAUAGGUUAACAUACCAAUUACAGAGAAUGGACAGUUUUGGGAUCAGCAAUUUCAUCUACAAGAACUACAUGUUCGCCAACAACGGUAGCCAGAUUUGGGACAUACGAGACUUUGUAAAGCGUAAAGGAAAUCCGUAAGUUUCCAUUAUGUAAGUUUAACCGAAAGUAGCGGGACACUUUUGACUUAUUUUUGAAAUAAAAAGUGUCCCACUACUUUUGGUUCAACCAAUAAUAGAGUAAAGGACCAUGGGUAUGUCUUGUCAACACAUCCAAGUUAUUUUUAGGACGAGGGUCAAAUCGAAUGACGUUGAGAAUGACAUCAUCUCAUCCAGCUUACUGGACGAAAUCAACAAAAAGUGCAUGAUGGUAGGGGUCUAUAUCAAUUUGACAGUAUAAUUUUUUUCAAAAAACGUAAAUACUCACUCGCGCCAUUCUUUUCGCAUCAAUGUUCAACCGCGCCAUUCCUUUUGCACCAAGGUUUAACCGCGCCAUUAUUUUCGCACCAAAGUUCAACCGGGUUAUUUCUUUUGAACCAAAGUUCAACCGCGCCAUUCUUUUUGCAUAAAAAAUCAACCGCGCCAUUCUUUUUGCAUAAAAAAUCAACCGCGCCAUUCUUUUUGCAUCAAAGCUUAAUCGCGCCUUUCUUUUUGCAUCAUUACUUAACCACGCCAUUCUUUUCGCAUUAAAAAAAAUUUUUUUUUAAAAAAUGUUUUUAAAAAUGCCAUUUUUCUUUAGAGCCCAUACCAAAAAUGCACCAUAGACUACGAAACCGGCCAAGUCACCAACAUCGGAUAUUAUGCAGCAGGCCGCCUCGGCAAACUCAUCAUCGAACACUCGACUCGAGUGGUCUUGAAGAAACCUCAGCCAUAUUAUCGUAUUCAUCAUUUGGACAUGCCGAGGUAAGUCGUACUAUCCUACCUUGCUCUACUUCUACUUUACUUGACCUUACUCUACCCUACCCUAUCCUACUCUACCCUGCCUUACCCUACCUUACUCGACCUUACAGUACCCUACCCUACAGUACCCUACCCUACAGUACCUUACCCUACAGUACCCUACCCUACAGUACCCUAACCUAGCCUAUCCUACAGUUUUGAACAUGUGGUAUGUUUACCUUUUCCACUUUCAGGCACGUAUUUUACUUUGUGAAUGUGACAGAUGUGGACUGGUUCAAGAACGGACAUCCUGAGCGGGUUGGUUACGACUAUUCAUUUGAACAAUUCCUACAAAGGUGAGUUUUUAAUUCAAAAGGAAUGGCGCGGUUGAGUAUUGAUGCAAGAAAACUGGCGUCGUUGAAUUUUGAUGCAAAAAGAAUGGCGCGGUUAAGCUUUGAUGCAAAAAGAAUGGCGUAUUUGCUUCUUGAUGCAAAAAAAUGGCGUGUUACAAUCUUGAUGCAAAAAGAAUGGCGUGGUUGAGUAUUGAUGCAAAAAGAAUGGCGUGGUUGAGUAUUGAUGCAAAAAGAAUGGCGCGGUUAAACUUUGAUGCAAAAAGAAUGGCGCGGUUAAACUUUGAUGCGAAAAGAAGGCGCGGUUAAAUAUUGAUGCAAAAAGAAUGGCGUAUUUGCUUUUUGAUGCAAAAACAAUGGCGUGUUUGAAUCUUGAUGCAAAAAGAAUGUCGUAAAAGAAAACAGAAAAAGUAUUUUCAGAGAGCCAAUAUUGAUGUCUUUCUGCCCAUACCCACGCCGCACUGACAAGAUCUUUGAAAUCCUGAAGAAGCACGAGCACGAGUACACAACCACCACCCCCUCAACUACCACCUCCACUACGACAACACUCAAGCCGCUUACUAGGGCGGCUGAUGAGAGCGCUUCUGACGAGUCAAAGUCAGAUGAAGGUAAUGUAAAGGAAGUAGAGGUAAAAGAAGAAGAAGUAGAACAAGUAGAAGAAGAAAAUGAAGCCAUGGAAGAACAGAAAAAGGAAGAGAAUGAAGAAACAACGGAAGAAAGUGCAGCUGACAAACCUAUUUGGACUAGUAUUGUUAUGAUGUGCUUGAUUGGAGUGUCGGCACUUUUGAUGUAA